AUGCCUUCACUGGGGUUUCUCAAGAAAAAGCGGACCAGAGAGGGCAACUCUGACCCUUCGGCCUCAAGUCCAACUAGUCCAGUUACUCCUACCACUUCCAGGUCCAAGUCCAUCUCCAAAGCUUUUCACCUGCCUCGAAACAAUAGACAUUCCACUUCAGCUCCGAGUGCCCAGCCAACCAACGCCCAUCAACAACCUCAGCAACAGCCCGACCAUCAACAUCAGGAAGGCGCAGUGCCCCAAUCCGAUCAGCCUCCGGCGCAAACCCAACAAACGGCAGGUGCUACCGACGGUCAACAGCAGCAGCAGCAGCAAGACCAAGAUAUGGAUACAAUCAAGCUCCACAAGCCCGAGUACGGGACGAAUUCGAUGAGCCCCCACGAUCACCAAAACCUCCCAAGCAUCAAUAAUCUCAUCAACCAACCUCAGCAGCAGAACAAUGCCCAGGGCAAUUCCUACAAUAACGGCCAGACCAAUCCGCAGUACCUAGCUGCUACGAUAGAUAACCACCGACCUCAAACCGUCAGUCCUGGAACUGAUCCUGCCGUUCUACAGCAGCAACAACAGCAGGCUAUGCCGCAGCCGCCGAGUAUGCCUCCACAGCAACAGCAGCAGCCUUCUGAUUUUCAGCAAUCUCAACAACAAUACCAACAGCAACAACCGCAGGCGCAGCAGCAGCCAUCGCAGCAGCAGCCUCAGCAGUUUCAACAACAGCAACACCAGGAACAGAACCAGAACCAGGUGCCGCAACAACAACAGCAGCAGCAUACCCACCAGCCUGGUCACCAGUACACCAAUUCCGUGAUGCGCGUCACGAAAGGCAAGUACUCGUUGGGUGACUUCGAUAUCUUGAGGACGCUUGGAACUGGUAGCUUUGGCCGUGUCCAUCUAGUCCAAUCGAAGCACAACCAGCGCUUUUAUGCUGUCAAGGUGCUGAAGAAGGCCCAGGUGGUCAAGAUGAAGCAGGUCGAGCAUACCAAUGACGAACGGCGCAUGCUGGCUGAUGUCAAGCACCCUUUUCUCAUCACCCUUUGGGGUACAUUCCAGGAUUCAAAGAAUCUUUACAUGGUGAUGGAUUUCGUUGAAGGUGGCGAGCUGUUUUCGCUUCUGAGGAAGUCUGGUCGCUUCCCCAACCCUGUGGCCAAAUUCUACGCCGCCGAAGUCACUUUAGCCUUGGAGUACCUUCAUUCCAAGAACAUUAUCUACCGUGAUCUCAAGCCAGAAAACCUUCUCCUCGAUCGACAUGGUCACCUCAAGAUUACAGAUUUCGGCUUCGCGAAGCGAGUUCCCGACAAGACAUGGACACUGUGCGGUACACCUGAUUACCUGGCCCCCGAAGUAGUUUCUAACAAGGGUUACAACAAAUCCGUCGACUGGUGGUCGUUGGGUAUCCUGAUAUAUGAAAUGCUUUGCGGUUACACGCCAUUCUGGGAUAGUGGAUCUCCGAUGAAGAUCUACGAAAACAUUCUCAAGGGCAAGGUCAAAUACCCCGCAUACGUUAACGCGGACGCUCAGAACCUCUUGGAGCGCCUGAUUACGGCCGAUUUGACAAAGCGUCUGGGUAACCUGUACGGAGGCCCAGCAGAUGUGAAGAACCACCCUUGGUUCGCUGAAGUCACCUGGGACCGACUAGCCAGGAAGGACAUAGAUGCUCCCUAUACGCCACCGGUCAAGGCAGGUGCUGGCGAUGCCAGCCAGUUCGAUCGCUAUCCCGAGGAUCCUGAGAAGUAUGGCAUGAUUGGAGGAACAGAUGAGUACGGACACAUGUUUACGGAGUUUUAA